AUGAAUGCAAUAAAUACCAAACGUUGUGUUUCAGAUGCCAAAGAUUUGUACGAACUUUUGUUGCAAAGGGAUCUAAUAGACUCCAUGGGAAACUCUUUAAUUGAUCCCAACCAACAUCGCAUGGUCCGCAAAAAUCAGAGGUCUCCAUCGCUGAGGUUAAGGUUCGGACGCCGAAGCGAUCCGGCGCUCUACCAGAACGCUUUGAAUGCAGAAUACCACAACGACUCCGAUGUGAAUUAAAUGCGCCCUUCAUCAGAAGUUACAUUAUACUCUUCUUAUCUAAAAUCAUUCGCUUCGUUGUAAUACCCUUAAUUUGUUUAUAUUUUACAUUCUCACCAGUGCUUUUUCAACCAAAUUAUUGUACCUUCAGUAUAGUAUUUUAGUGAUAACAAUUUUUUUUAGCGUAUAGUUGAUUGUAUUCCAUUUUAGUUCUAAGGUAAAUUUUACAUUCCCGAUAAAAAUGUAUUUGUUUGCUCCGCAGAUUAACAUUACUCAUAAAUAUAUGUCAAAAUAACAGUCAYAAAUUAUUUUGUUGAUACUUCAAUAAUUACAUUAUUAGUUAUGAUUCUUAUUAUAAUUAUCAUUAUUACAAUAAUUAAUAACCUACUCUACUUUACCUACUCUGAACCAAUAAUAAAAAAAAUAGGUUAAGCCUUAUGUGAAUUUCCGAGUAAAAUGUUUCCUCAGAUACUAUUACCUAUUCUACCACAGAAUUAAAUAAAAACAAUAAUAAUUUAUAUAUUUAUUAUGAUACUGAGUACUAUAAUAGCCAAUAGGUACUAUAGGUACCUACUAAUAAUAAAUAACAUGGUUAUGGAAAUUCGCGUACGGUUUUUGGAGUGAAUAUAAUGUUUAUAAAACGAGUAUAACAUAAUAUUAUUUA